AUGGCCACAUCGAUCACAAGAACCAUCUCAACAGCAACCAGACUGAUAACAGCAGCAGCAGCCUCAGUACCAAAACAGCCGCGACUUGCAAACCAGCCCAUCAGAUUCUCCUCCAACUCACCCUCGACCCCAUCAUCCGUCGACCAAGUAUCAAAUAAUCAAGCCAACCAUGUCGUCGGUCGGUCGGGGAAAGUCUAUUCGCUACGAACGGUAAAAAUCGUCGGAGCGAUCGGAAGAAUGCUCGGAUAUACCCUCCAGAAGAGUACCGCGGUCACACUCACCAGCGAUUAUUAUGAUCGAUGUGCGGCUAGGUUCGAGAUUGAGAAAGAGUUCUGGGUAAAGGAAUGCGGAUUGCCUGACUCAUUUCAGACCUGGUUCCAAGUCACCCAGUUGCACAUGUGGUUGAUCACCGUCCGAUUCAGAUCGAUGAAAGCCCCACUGGGGAAAUACUACCUCCAAGAAUUCAUCAACCAUAGCUUCUUAGACACAGAGGAUCGGAUUCGAGGCCCGCAGAAUAAGAUCACCAAGGGCACGUUGAUCAAGAACUAUAUGAAGAUCCUCCUGCACCAACAUCGUGGUUUCCAAACCGUCCUGGACUGGGCUAUCUCUCAUCAACCAGAACUCAACCAGAGCGACCAGUUCCUUGCCGGCGUGAUCUGGAGGAACUUAUUCGGUGCCGCCUGGGGAAGAGGCAUGGGCGGUGUCAAGGGGAUCUUCGAUUCGAACGAGGAACCAUCAGUCAACUCAACUACACCUCACCAACUCUCGCCCUCGACUCCUUCAGCAUCCCCACCAUCAUCUCCAUCAUCAACAACAGCUGCAAUUGACGAUGGGGAACCCGAACAAUCACACUCCUUGGAGAAUGAUCUCAAGUUCCCGCAAACCUUGGAGCGAUUGGUGAUUUUUAUCCGUAAGGAACUCGUCAGACUCGAUCAAGUGUCUGAUAAGACGAUCAUCACCGGCCAGACUUCUGUCGAUCAGCCUGGAUUAACCCAGUUUAACAAAAUUUGA